UUACACAGAUGCACCUUGUACUGGGGACAAUAAAAGGCCACUCUAAAAAUGUCCAGUUUUGUCACACAACACAAUACCACAGAUGUCUCAAGUUUUGAGGGAGCGUGCAAUUAGCAUGCUGACUGCAGGAAUGUCCACCAGAGCUGUUGCCAAAGAAUUGAAUGUUAAUUUCUCUACCAUAAGCCACUCAAGUCUUUUGAGAGAAUUUGGCAGUAUGUGCGGUUGUGAGGUGGCGAGCGGUUUGCUGAUGUCAACUUUGUGAACAGAGUACCCCAUGGUGGGGUUAUGGUAUAAGGUAUAAGCUACAGACAACGAACACAGUUGCAUUUUAUCAAUGGUCAUUUGAAUGCACAGAAAUACCGUGACAAGAUCCCGAGGCACAUUUUUUAAGGAAUAUGUGACCAACAGAUGCAUAUCUGUUUUCCCAGUCAUGUGAAAUUAAUAGAUUAGGGCCUUUUGCAUUUAUUUAAAUUGCCUGAUUUCCUUAUAUGAACUGUAACUAAAGUAACAUCUUUGAAAUUGUUGCAGGCUGCGUUAAUAUUUUUGUUCAGUAUAAUAACAUCGUAUGCGAGCCUACGACCGACCAAUCCAUCCAGUCUUAGAGCUCUCAUGUAGUGUUGUAGUGUAUCUAGUCGUGAUGUGUGUUUUGUCCUAUUUAAAAAAAAAAUCCCCGCCCCAAGCCCCCGUUCUCUUUUGACUUUUUAUAGGCUGACAUUGUAAAAAAUAAUUUGUUCUUAACUGACUUGCCUAGUUAAAUAAAACAAAUAAAAAAUCCACCCGCGCCGUCACAACACAAGGAAUGUGGUCAGCAACGGGUCGUCACUAGUUACCACAGCCACAAAGACAAACCCCGCCUAUUUCUACAAUAUGUCUUCUUAAAAUUAGAUUUGAAUCCUAACCAUAUCAUUUACCCUAACCUUAAAUACACUGCUAACCUUAUGCCUAAUCCUAACCUUAAAUGAAGACCAAAAAGCACAUUUAUUUUUUCAUUUUUUUUAACAACAUAACCAAUCUUUACUUUAUGGCUGUCCUAUCUAGUGGAAACAUUCCAAGUGGGGCCAGGGCAGGUAGCGAUUGGACCAUCUGGAUGUCUAUCGCUUUUUUUUUUGGGGGGGGCAGUUAUAUACAGAUGCUGGGUCAGUUAUAUACAGUCAUUGGUUUGAAGCAGCUUGCGAAUAUAUCCAAUUAUUGAAGGGUAAAUCAGUGGUAGCCUAUUUAAUUGAACUGUGGAAGGCUGGAAUUUAUUUUCGAAGUUAGCAACGACAUCAGUAUCUUAAAGAUGAACCGCAACCGCCGUGUAAAUUAUCGCUCCAUUUUGCCUUUACGCCAAGAACUUUACUGAUAGGCUACAUUUAGCGCCAUACGGUGUUUUUAUUGGAUAUAUGCUAUAUUUUCUAUUUUGGACUGGAUAUCGAAUCAUACGGUGAUUUGAAUACAGCAAACUGCAGGAUCAACCGUUUGUUGAUAAACACGAAUCCUUUCUCAUACAGGACCACCUCCGGUGCAUUGAUGCACCCGUUUCAGUGGUUUAACGGGUGCUUCUGUGGUCUGGGACUGGUCUACUCCAACAAGUCGUGCACCAUGCCUCCCAUCACCUUCCAGGACCUGCCCCUCAACAUCUACAUGAUCAUCUUCGGAACAGGCAUCUUCAUCUUCAUCCUCAGCCUCAUCUUCUGCUGUUACUUCAUCAGUAAACUAAGACACCAAGCCCAGAGUGAUAGGUUUGGCUACAGAGAGGUGGUUUUAAAAGGAGAUCCUAAAAAGUUGAAUCUCCAUGGGCAGACGUGUGCUGUUUGCCUGGAAGACUUCAAAGUCAAAGAUGAGCUAGGAGUGUUGCCAUGCCAACAUGCCUUUCACAGGAAGUGUCUGGUGAAAUGGCUGGAGGUGCGCUGUGUGUGCCCCAUGUGCAACAAAACCAUUGCAGGACCCCCAGAACAGCGCAACAGCAUAGGAACACUACUGGACGAACUGGUGUAACCUAACAACAAGCACGGCGUGGGCACUGUGAGCUGGUGUAACCUAGCAACCAACAGAAAGUGAACGCUAUUGUCUGGUGUAUCCUAGAAACCGCCCACAGAUGACUGUGAAAUGGUGUAACCUAGCUACCACCUGGAGAGGACUGUGAGAGCUGCUGUUACCUAGCAACCAACACAGAGCUGCAUACAUGAGUCUACACCACACACCACAGACAGUCUCCAGCUACACACACUUCACCCUGUCACUCUUUCUCUUUGUCUCUGACUGUCUCACUCUUUUUCUGUCUUUCUCCCCCAUUUUCUCUCACUAGCCUUCUCUGUCCUUUCUGUCACGCUCUCUAUUUCUGUCUUUCUUCUGUUGUCUCUUUGAUCUCUCUCUCUCUCUGACACUAAUUUUCUCACCUUCUCUCUUUUCCUCUCUUUCUGUCUUUUACUUCCUCAGAGGUGAGUUCUAGUUCCAAAGUCAGCAAGGGGGAAGAGCUCCAGACAGUUGGAGAGUGUAGGAGCAGGCAGUUGAUUUGAAUGUGUAAAGACAAGAGUGGAACUAUAAGAACCAUGGUGUUGAGAAAAUACAAAGUGAUGUUCUAUGGGCAUGUGUGUGUUUUGUGUGUGUGUGUGUGUUGUCGCACAGAGGAGUCUGUUUGGGUUUGUCACUUGUUGUAUUUAUUUUUUUGUUUAUAACAUGUGUGUUUUGUAUUAUUGUACAUGGACCAAGGCAAUGUGAGUGACGUGCAUCACCCUCUCACCACAACAUUUUUGUUCUUGGCUGAAAGGUGUUCGUUUUUGAUGUAUUGCACUCUGACACUCUGUGUUUUAUAUACCUCCUGCCAACCAAUGUGUGUAUCGCACUGCACAGGUGGUUUAGUGAAACAUGCUCACAUGUUUUAUAACCUUGCCUGACACCUGAAGACUCGUUUUAGCUCCCAACAUUAUUGCCCAGGCUUUAGCUCAGUAGGCUAUUGUGGUUCUGAAAUGUGGAGACAGCCUGAAUUUGAUACCUAGCCAAUCACAUUAAUAGAUUGAGGUAUCUAAGAACUCAAAGGCAAUGCACCUGCUGUUUUCUGUCGUAUUACUGGUGCAGUAUACCUGUGACAUUACUUUUAUAAAGCAAAGGGUUCUUCGCAAGUUACAGUAGUUUAGAAGUUCAAUGUUGUGUGAUUAUAUCUCAAGAACAACUCCAUCUGAUGGAAUACAUCAUAUGUAAUUUUUCUCAGUUUGUAAUUCUCUCUCUUUGAAGAAUAUGCUUUCAAUUUUUUUUCGUGAUGUUUAAUGGCUCCAGUCGAAUACAUACCAAGUAAGCACUGCUUAAAUUGAGCACUACUCCUCCCUAUGCAACUGGGUCCUGGACUUCCUGACUGGCCGCACCCAGGUGGAGAAGGUGGGCAACAUUACCUCCUCAACACAGGGGCCCAAGGGUGCGUCCUCAGUCCCCUCCUGUAUACCAACGACUGCGUGGCCUCAGACAGUUCAUCAAGUGUACUGACGACAUGACAGUAGUAGGCCUGAUCAACAACAACGACCCCUAUAGGGAGGAGGUAGGCACGCUGACGGCAUGGUGCCAGAUUAACAACCCCUCCCUCGACGUUAGCGACAGAAAGAAGCUGAUUGUGGACUUCAGGAGGAACCAGGCUGUCCUCAUCAAUGGGGCUGCCGUGGAGACGGUCAAUAACUUAAAAUUCCUUGGCAUUCACAUCUCAGAGAAGCUGAAACCACAUGGACAAAGUAGAGAAGAAGGCACUACAGCAACUCUUCAACCUCAGGAUGCUGAGGAAAUUCAGCCUGUCCUCGAGGGCCCUCACAGUGUUCUACAGGAGCACCAUCGAGAGCAUUUUGUUGGGCUGCAUCACAGCCUGGUACGGCAACUCCACCGCCGCAGACCGCAAAGCUCUUCAGAGGGUGUACAUGCAGCCAAAUGCACCAUGGGGUGCACACUGCCCUACAGGACACCUACAACACCAGGUGUCGCAGGAAGUCAAGAAGAUCAUCAGGGACACCAGACACCAAACCAUGACCUGUUCUCCCCCGCGUCAAUCACUCAGACAUGGCAGUACAGAAGCAUCAUGGCAAAAACUGAAAGACUGGCCAAUAGUUUCUGCCCUCAGACCAUCAGGCUGCUGAAUAGCCACCACUAGUCAGCUACCAGCCCCCCACCCCACCCGAACAGACUUUUAUUCUGCCCCCUCACCAAUGGCAUUUUAUCACUGUUGCUGUUGUUAAUAUGUAUAUUUUAAAUUGUAUUAAAAUGUUGAUUGUUUUUAUUGUGCUCAAUGGUCAUGCUGCUGCUCCCCCUCUGGUCAUUCUACCCCAGCCCCUCAACAGUCUUUACUCUGCCUCCACCCCAAUGGUCAUGCUGCUGCUCCCCCUCUGGUCAUUCUACCCCAGCCCCUCAACAGUCUUUACUCUGCCUCCACCCCAAUGGUCAUGCUGCUGCUCCCCCUCUUGUCAUUCUACCCCAGCCCCUCAACAGUCUUUACUCUGCCUCCACCCCAAUGGUCAUGCUGCUGCUCCCCCUCUGGUCAUUCUACCCCAGCCCCUCAACAGUCUUUACUCUGCCUCCACCCCAAUGGUCAUGCUGCUGCUCCCCCUCUGGUCAUUCUACCCCAGCCCCUCAACAGUCUUUACUCUGCCUCCACCCCAAUGGUCAUGCUGCUGCUCCCCUCUGGUCAUUCUACCCCAGCCCCUCAACAGUCUUUACUCUGC